AUGUCACUAAAUGAUUCAAUUCUGUCCAUUACGCAUUCGGUUCAAGAAUCCCUGGGCUCAAGAGGCGAACCUGAUGAAGCCAAUGACUCAUACAACAAUAACUCAACCGGCGAUCGUAAUGAUGCUGAUUCAAAGGGUGAUCUGCAUUCACGAGAAGGUAAGAGCGCAAAUAAAACGACUAUUGCUUUAGAUGACCUGAUCGGCCACACUAGAAAUCACCUGGAUUUAAAAGAUAAUCACACAAGCGAUGAUGCGAAAGGGACCCACAAAACUGGUCUAGAUUCAUAUGCAGCAUCCAGACGGAAAUUGUCAAAAGAUGACCACAAGACUCACCAUCAUCGCCGCAAAGAUAGUGAAGACACCGAUGAGGAUCUUGCUAUGCCAUCCGGCGAUAUGGAUACGAACUUUUUCUCCACAUUGAUGAACAACACUACCCUCAGUUCUGGAUUUGGUUCCUUAAGACAUUUGAAAACUUCAGCAAUGGAGAAUUUUUUAAAAGGAAAGAAGGAUGAGGUGGACGAGGAAAAGCACCCCAAUCAUCAUCGCCACCACCACCAACGCCAACACAAUUCACAUCAAGGCAAACACUCGCAUGGUUCUCCUAGUGGUACGUCACUGCCAAAUCAGAGUACUCCUAGUUCACGUCCAAUAAGCCCUCAACCUGACUUAAACCUUGAACACUCUGAUGCUUAUUCAAAAAGAGGUGCACACGGAUUUCUUCAUCAUGGCAUUGCUAGUGGUGAGAACUCGACCGCGGAAGAUUCAAGCGAUGAAGAGGAAGAAGAGUAUGAAGCUUCGAGGUUGAGUACCCCAGGGGUAACUAGAAAGACGGCUGACGAGACUUUUCUCGCUAAUGCAGAGUCCCCCGUUACAGGCACUGCAAUGAAUCUGGAAGUGACUUCGUAUUCAACAUUGAAUAAUGAACCAUCUAAUCACACUGAGCCCCUCACUGAUAACGACACUCUCGCCAGUUCUCGGAGAAACACUAUAGUUCUUGAAGGUGAAGGUAUGGAAGGAUUAUCUAAAGAUCAAAUCGAGCAUUUGACACCAUUUCAGAAAUCAGUAAUUCACAGAUUGGAUCCUCAUCACAUCAAGGAAGGAGUUCUAGUAAAAGUUCGGAACCAACAAAAUGAACCUUUGGAUGAACGUUUGAAUGGUACGAGAAGAUUGCUACGUUACAAAAUUGCAGAGAGAUUGACGAAAACAUUUGAUUUGAGCCCUGAUGAUAUAUUUCACGGGAACUACAAUGCUUGGUUGGUCAAAGAUGUGAUACUUCAAGGACACAUAUACUUGACCGAGAAAGCUUUGUUAUACUUUGCCUUUUUACCAAGGCGAUUAAGCGUUGAAGAGUCUUCCGAUCCGAGGAAUUUUGAUGAUUCUGCUAAUACUGUUCACAAGGGGGCAUUGGGCAUGAAGACAGCAAAAUAUGGGGACUCCAAGUUCCAAUCUGUUCUUACCCACAGGUAUUGGGCAAUUCUUCGUACGGAUACCUUGACCAUAUACAGCUCAUUCACGGAUUUGUACUUUCCCCUUAAAGUUAUCGACUUGAGGACCUGCUUGUAUGCUGAAAUAAACACCAAAGAAAAGAUCAAAGAUAUAAGCUCGCCCAUGCUGAGAGGUACACAGACCCCAUCAGCUGGACGUAGUGGAUAUGGGUCGGGGUAUAGCACACCACCAACGAUCCUGGAAACAGCAUCCGAUCUUGACUCGAUGCUUUCACAAGAAGGCUUUGAGGCCACCGAAGAUAACGUUGAAGCAAGAAGUUCCUCUGUUUGGUUCAAUUUGGUUGCGAAAAAGAAAACAUACAGAUUUCAAUGUGAUAAUUUGCAUUCUGCAAGGCAAUGGUGUAACAAUUUGACAAAGCAAAUUUUUCAACUAAAUAAUGCCACCACUAGCGGAGAUGUAUUUGUGAAGGUUCCUAUUUCGAAUAUUACCGACUUUAGACGACGGACAAUAUUUGAAGAAGAAGAAAGUACUAUCGAUGAUGCCGAAAAUGAUAUACCAUUAAGUUUCAGUAUUAAAUACGUCACCAAUGAUACUCUGGAGAAGAGGAAACGGGACAAAAUAAAAGAGAAAUUGAAGCAUGGAGAAGAGGAAAUUAUCCUUUUGAUUCCAAAAAACGGUCUUGAUUUUUUUAAGUCUUUUGAAGAUGUGAUGCAAAAGCAAGAAAACAGGACUCAAGAAAAACACAAAAUGUUUAGUUCCAAGAAACCAGAUUUGGAAAAAUCAUUUUCCACAUUGUCCCCGUCGAUAAAUGCAGUGGUUCAAAAUUUGUUAAAUCAUAAUUUGCCAGAGGAGAAGCGAGAAAGCAAGUCUACUUUCAAAAAACUUGGAAAAUUUGGUUUGCCUUUCAAAUCUGAUGACACCCCGACGGCAUUUGAUGUAAGUGAAAUGUCAGUGGACCAGGACCACCUUUCGUUUCCACAUGCAAUGUCAGAAAAUAUAUUUAGAGAUUUGGAGAUUACAUUUGAAUCAACGUUUAAAAAUUUGAAGGAUGCGUCGGAUAGAUGGGAUAAUGACUUUCAACAUACAAUCACUGCAAUUGAUAACCUCCCAAUUCCAUCUUUUCUGAUAGAUCAGAAGGAGUCAAAAAGUCGAGGUUUUGGUAAAAGUAUAAAAUUGUUUUCAAAUAUGGCAGCAAGGUUUUCUGCAUCACCAAUACACUACACCAUACAAGAUAAGUAUUAUGUUUCAGACCCCAAAGAACGUGAAAUCGCUUUACAACAUUUUCAAGAACAUUUUUCUUUGUACAAUUCCAAAUUGAUUGCAUCAUACUUCUGUCACUUGAUCAGAACUGUUCCAGUGUAUGGUAAGUUGUAUGUUUCUGACCACGGAAUUUGUUUCAGGAGUUUGCUUCCAGGUGUUUCCACAAAGAUGAUUCUUCCACUGACAAAUAUUGAAGGGGUCGAGCAAACUAGUGGUAAAAUUUAUGCGGGUACAAAGCUCACCUUACAAGGAGCUGAAGAGUUAGAUUUGGAGUUUGCAUUCGUCAAGUCUCGUGAUGAUUUCACCAGUGUUGCACUAGAAUUAUUGGAGAAACUUCACGCAAAUGAAGGUUUCCGACCAGAACCACAUGAAUGGGGGCAAAAUCAUAAUUUGGAGUUGUCCAAGACAAGAAUGGAGUAUUCUGACUCAGAGAGGAGAAAACUUGACGAAAAAGACAAUCGAAGAGAUUUGGAAAUUGCUGAACUGAAAGUGAGUCUUGCCAGGUUGAAAAUGUUUGAGGAUCGAUUGACAACAGCUUCUGGUUUAGACAUUCCAAUUAUUUUGGAGGACUCGCCGUUUUUCAAAACAGAAAUAAAACCUUCAACGUCAUAUAAUAUUACACUUCUCACUAUUGGUUCGCGUGGUGAUGUUCAACCAUAUAUUGCAUUAGCAUUGGGCUUGCAAAAAGAAGGACAUGUGGUGACAAUAGCUACACAUGGUGAAUUUAGAGAUUGGGUAGAAAAUGACCAUCAUAUCAAGUUCAAAGAAAUUGCCGGGAAUCCAAGUGAGUUGAUGUCAUUUAUGGUGGGACAUAGUAGUUUAUCCGUUACGUUUCUAAAGGACGCACAAGCCAAAUUCAAAGAUUGGAUUGCAAAAUUGUUAACAACUAGUUGGAAUGCAUGUCAAGGGGCGGAUAUUUUAAUUGAGAGUCCUUCUGCAAUGGCUGGAAUACACAUCGCUGAAGCUUUGGUAAUUCCUUACUUUAGAGCAUUUACAAUGCCUUGGACAAGAACAAGGACAUAUCCACAAGCGUUUUUAGUGCCUGACCAAAAGCGAGGUGGUUCAUACAACUACAUGACCCAUGUUCUAUUCGACAAUGUCUUUUGGAAAGGUAUUCAAGCGCAAGUGAAUAAAUGGCGUGUUAAGGAGUUGGACUUGCCAAAAACAAACUUGUAUCGUAUGCUGCAGACAAAAGUACCGUUUUUGUAUAAUGUAUCUCCAUGUGUACUUCCACCCGCCAAUGACUUUCCUGAUUGGGUCAAGGUUACCGGAUACUGGUUUUUGGAUGAAGGUGGAAAGGAUUACAAGCCACCCAAGGAUUUAGUGGGAUUCAUUGAUCAAGCAGCCAAGGAUGAGAAAAAGAUUGUUUACAUUGGAUUUGGAUCUAUUGUUGUGAAGGAUGCAGCAUCAUUAACCAAAGCUGUCAUUGAAGCCGUACUUGAGGCUGAUGUCAGGUGUAUCUUAAAUAAAGGAUGGUCUGAUCGUGGUAGUCAUAAGGACAAAAAUAAAAUGGAAGUGGAAUUACCUCCUGAAGUGUUUAAUGCGGGGUCUGUUCCUCAUGAUUGGUUGUUGCCCAAAGUUGAUGCGGCUGUUCACCAUGGUGGAUCUGGAACUACUGGUGCGGCACUAAAAGCAGGAUGUCCUAGUAUCAUCAAACCAUUCUUUGGUGAUCAGUUCUUUUAUGCGAGAAGGAUCGAAGAUAUGGGUGCCGGAUUGGCGUUGAAAAAGUUGACGGCGAAAUCGUUAGCAAAAGCACUUGUUACCGUCACUGAAGAUGUGAAGAUUAUUGAAAAAGCAAAGAGUGUAAGUAAUCAAAUCGGUCAUGAAUAUGGUGUGUUGAAUGCUAUUGAAGCAAUUUAUUCUGAUUUGGAGUAUGCAAGAAGCUUGAUUUGGGCUAAAGAAUUGCACAAUGCUAAUUACAAACGUCAUCAUCCUGAUUUCAAAGCCCAAUCUGGGUUGCAGACCGCUGAAGCCUCUGACGAUGAGUCAGGAAGCGAGUAUGACAGUGACAAUACUAGUGAAGAAGAUGAUGAUGAGGGUGAUAUAACUGAACAUGAAGUCGACGAUGUGAAGCAUAGCACGAAAAACGAACUGGACCUUAAAGUGAAGAGAUGA